AUGGAGGGCUCAUUUCCCGGCGCGAUGAAUCAACCAGAUCGAGGGGAAUUGGGGGGAAAUCCGAUUGUUGUUCAGCAGUACGCGAGAUAUCCGCCAACGAUGGAGCCUGCGCUGCCCAGCGCCUCGUCCAUUGAUAGCUCUCGCAGUCGAGUGGCUGCCUCUAAAUCACCGUCACUUCAGCAUAAAGAGACACCACGCAGUCUACAGGCGUCCCCGACAGUCCAGCGAUCGAUUAUUCAUCGGCCACCAUCAGUGCGGUCAGGGCCGUCAAUGUCCCCUCCAGUGUUUGAUUCAAUGCGCCAGAAACAGUCGACAGAGUCAAUGGACCAAGCGGAGUCCCGGACGUUGCCUUCACGAGAUAUCACAGAUCAGAACAUUGACGAUGCAUAUGUGGCGUUUAUUUUUUACUGCAAUCCAAACGUUCCCAGUUCCGUGGAUACAUUUGAGCUACGGAAGACAUUUCGAUCGCCUCCUCGCAGUGAUGGGAAGAGUUUCAGCAUCUUCAGCUUGUGGGAGCUGAUUCAAAAGUUCGAUGCCAAGGAAGUGAAAACGUGGAUCCAAUUGGCCAUCGAACUGGGUGUUGAGCCUCCAUCUGCCGAGAAGAAACAGAGCACGCAGAAGGUGCAGCAAUAUGCUGUUCGACUCAAGCGCUGGAUGAGAGCAAUGCAUGUUGAUGCUUUCUUCGAGUUCUGCCUCGGCCAUCCCCAUCCUUACUACACACAGCGUCCCGCCGUCAAUGCAUCGGUCAGCGACAGUCGUGACGGCGUUCCUUUGGAGGAAGAUCUUGCUCUACGGGCACUUGUCCCACAAUGGAAGCCAAAGCGAGGCAGGAAGAGAGCAGAGGAUAAAGAAGACGACGACAAGCCAGCUAAACGGCCUCAAUUGGACACUUCUGUUGGAAUUCUACAUGGUGGCUCUUUUCAGCCACAUUCUGCUGCCUUUCCCCAGAGUGCAAUUCCUUUUAGCGCUUUUCCAGAUGAAGUGGAGUCCCACGAUCCGUGGAUGACAGCGACGUCUGCAUUUCCGGCAGAUGCACCAAACGCUCAGCAGGGACAGGAUAUAAGGUGGCGCGCGCUUGAGCGCGAUGCGUCUCCCGCCAAUUACCCACAAUCAGCCAUUAUUCCUCGCGGGCAUCAUCCAUCAGACGUAUUCCUCGCUGCUGAACCGCGGUCAGCAAUCACCCCGCCCCCUGGGGACAAAUCACGGUCUCGCAGACGCCAUGGGCCUGCCGUGUCAUCCGCUUGGCCUAGCAGCAACGGUUCGUCCACCGGGAAAGCUCGAGGCCGGCCACCAAACCGUGGCACUGUUUCGGGACCAUUUUCUUCGUUCCCUGUGAAUCCGGCGCGUGAUGAGUCAUCUCAUGGAGAGAAUUCCACUCGACCGGCCUCUGCUGUGGGACUGGACCAAAAUUCAUUUGGUCAAUUUCAAUCACCUGCCCCUUUCCAGCAAGGUGGUAAGCCUGGCAAACUUCAACUACAAGUUCCGCAGAAUACAGGCGCACCCGUCCGUUUGGCAACACCACCUACAGUCAUGGUUAAUGGAACCGAACCGUCAAAGGCCGAGCCUGUGCCUGAAGCCUCGGGUGCACAGUCAUCUGAUCCCAAACCCAAUAACCUGUAUGAGAAACUUGUAUGGGUAUUAGCGGAUGAAAUUCAGCGUGCAGACACGAACAACAGGAGUUUCUCGUUAAGGCCGGGUGAGGCACGCAGUCUAGCACAGGGUGUUAUCAAGAAAAUCACAUCUUCAUUACCAAACUUGUCCGGAGCGGCUUCGACGCGCUUGGUCGCCUUUCAUCUCGGAUUCGGAUCACUCGCCGGUUACCAGGGGCCGAUUUCCGGGUCUACGGUGGUGCACGCACAGUCAGCGGCUACAUUCCUUGGAGCAAACCUACCACCCGGGUUUAUAUACUCAGUCGAACGUGAAUACAGCUACGGCCCUGGCGUUGUAACAAAGGUCAGCUAUGGCGGGCUGCGGAUUGAAGAUGAGAAACCGGAUACCGCAUCGCGAAUUGAGGAACCCGAUAACAUCGACGACCUGGACGGUCUAAGUGACAAAGACUUCGAAGUUGACGGUCCUGAGAACGGCGUCUCAGACGCUACAUGGAAACAGCGGUACAUGCGUCUUCGUGCGCAGAUGCAGAAGAAAGACAAAUCCUUGUCGCAGUAUAAGCGCAAGAUUAUGGAGUCUGUCAUGGCGGAGAUUUAG